UCCCUUUCCCCAAUCCCCCUCCAAGCGUGCCACUCCCACACGCUUCUUAUUUCUGCCCGCUGCCACCAUGGCCAUGCUUCCGAUCAACGACUCUGCCAUUCUCGACGACGAUGGCCGCCUCAAACGGGUUAUGCUGCUCUUUGCCUUCAUUGGCUACUACACCUCUUGUUUGCUCGCCGACUGCUACCGCUCCGGCGAUCCAAUCAACGGCAAGAGAAACUACACCUACAUGCACGCGGUCCGCUCCCUCCUCGGCGGAGCUCAGACGACGGCGUGCGGUAUAAUGCAGUACAUGAACUUGAUCGGGAUCGCGAUCGGGUACACGAUCGCGUCGUCAAUCAGCAUGAUGGCGAUCAAACGGUCGAAUUGUUUCCACAGCAGCGGGGGGAAGAAUCCAUGUCAUAUGUCAAGCAAUCCGUUCAUGAUUUCUUUUGGAGUAAUGGAAAUAUUUCUGUCUCAGAUUCCUGAUUUUGAUCAGAUUUGGUGGCUCUCUACGGUGGCUGCUAUCAUGUCUUUUACUUAUUCCACCAUUGGCCUUGGCCUUGGAAUCGCCAAAGUUGCAGAAAGUGGGAGUUUUAAAGGAACAUUGAGUGGCAUAGGUGUGGGAACAGUGACUCAGAGCCAAAAGAUAUGGAGAACUUUCCAAGCACUUGGCGAUAUCGCUUUUGCCUAUUCUUUUUCAAUCAUCCUUAUUGAAAUUCAGGACACCAUCCGAUGCCCACCAUCAGAAGCAAAGACAAUGAAGAAAGCCACAGGUCUCAGCAUAGCCGUGACCACAACUUUCUACUUACUGUGCGGCUGCAUGGGCUACGCCGCAUUCGGCAACAGCGCGCCGGGAAACCUCCUCACCGGGUUCGGGUUCUACAACCCCUUCUGGCUCCUUGACAUCGCCAACGUUGCGAUCGUCGUCCACCUCGUCGGUGCCUACCAAGUCUUCUGCCAGCCCGUCUUCGCCUUUGUCGAGAAGAAGGCUGCCCAGGCAUGGCCAGACUCGACCUUCAUCACAAAGGAGCACAAGCUGUCCCUCUUCCGCCGCUCAUACAACGUCAACAUGUUCCGACUCGUAUGGAGAUCCCUCUUUGUCUGCUUCACCACCGUCGUGGCGAUGCUGCUUCCUUUCUUCAACGACGUCGUCGGGAUCAUCGGGGCGCUGCAGUUCUGGCCCUUGACAGUGUAUUUUCCAGUGCAGAUGUAUAUUGUUCAGAAGAAGAUACCAAAGUGGAGUGUGAAGUGGGUUUGUGUGCAAACCAUGAGCAUGGGCUGCCUUUUGAUUUCCGUUGCUGCGGCUGUGGGAUCUGUUAUUGGUGUCAUGCUCGAUCUCAAGGUUUAUAAGCCUUUUAAGACACGUUAUUGAUUUCUCUCUCUGUCUUAGAAUCUUAUGUAUUUCCAAAUGUUUUCUUUUAUGUAUACUAGUUGUUAUGUAUUUGCAAUCCCACCAAUCUCUAAUUUGUCCAA